GUUUGUAAAGAAUAUGUCCUUGCCCAAUAAUGUUACCCAAGAUGUACAAGUAAUGUCACCUGAUUCGGCCUCGUCGUCGUCUUUAUCUGCGUUCUUGGAUAGUGCAAGUAAUGUGGAUAAGCCUUUGCCACCAAACCCCUCAAGAUCUUUAUCGGCCACGACAUUAACGAUGAGAUCGCCUCCUAGUGGCGGUGGUAGUCAAACGAAACGACAUAGUAUUCGCUCACAACAUCCCUCUUCCUCCAGUUUGGAUCGCUCCCUAUCUCAACCUCCACAAAGACCUAGUUCACCCAUCACUUCACCCUCCAUUCACAAGUCCUUAACAGCGCUGGACGCCAAAUCAAUAACAAGAGACAUGGAGAAAUCCGCCUUUCAACUAAGAAGUGAUGAUGUUAUUUCACCCAGUUCACCUAGUUCCAGCACGUUAAAUCCAAACAAUUUUUACUUUUCGAGUAAUCCUGGAAAUAUGUCGUUCCAGUCGAUGGCAGCACCUUCUAAUAAUGCACCUUCCUUGAACCACUUUCAAUAUCAUCGACAGAAUAGUAUGAGUAGUGUUACUUUACCCUCUGUUAACCACAACAUAAACCCCGUACCAGCUAUACCUAAUACAAUCCAAGGCGAUGCAUGGCAAACACUAUGUGUUCGAGUCUUGCCUUUAUUCAACGGAGAAGGCGUGCAAGGUGCUAUUGAGGACCUGAAUGAAUUAUUAAGGCGAUGUCUAUCUGAUUCCAUCACACCGAAAUUUUAUCGCGAUAUAGAAGCUCUUUUGAGAGACGGGAUGUUUACAUUGAAUGCCAAAAUGUUUGGCGUAACAGACGAGAAAUUACUAGAUAGAUUAGUCGAACAAUGGUCCUUUUUUUUCACUUAUGCCUUGCCUUAUUUUGAAGCGGUUUUCCUUCCCCUUCGAACAGAUGUACGCUAUAGAUCACCCGACGAAGCAGAAAUGUGGAACGUCAGAAAUAUGGCAUUAAGAAGUUUUAGGGAUAAUGUGAUUUUACUACAAACAAAAAGAUUAGAAGAUGUAUUUAACAAACUGUUUACGGAUUUUGGGUCCUCACAAAACCCUGCUGCAACAGCUGCAAAAAUGCUUCAGAUGACUUCGUUAUUAGCAUCUUCGCCAGAUCACAAUGAGGAAAUCGAGCGUGUUUUAUCCAACUUGAAAGCCAAUUGGAAGAUAAUGAUGACCAAAGGUGACCGCAGAGGAUUUGCUGGCGUUAGAAAAGUGAGGCCAUUGAAUGGUGAGAAUCCAACCAUGUUUGGCACGCUUCAACAAUAACCUGGGGCACUGUUUAUACCGAGAAUCCGGGUAAUAUUUCAGAUUGGCUUGUAGGGUCAAUGCAUUGCUCUACUAUAACUGCCCCUCUAUUAUACCUGUCAUUUUUUUUUUCACAUAUCAAUUAAAAUAGGAGUCUCUUUUUUAAGGCGUUUCAUGCAGAAAAAAAAAAGAGAGACAGACAGGUUUUUAUUUUUUUUUGUCAUUUAUUUG